CAUGAGCACCUGUGCGGUUGAAACUACAACAGACAAUAUGGCGGGAGUCGGAGCUUUUUUGAAGAAUGCGUGGAAUAAGGAGCCCGUUAUCGUGACUUCGUGUGCGAUAGGACUCGUCGGCGCCGUCCUUCCCUUCCUCAGCCCGUACACUAAAUACACGUCGAUGCUGAAUGCUGCCGUACCGUACAACUAUCCAGUUCCGGUGCGAGAUGAUGGAAACAUGGACGACGUUCCUGCACAUCCCUGUGAACCAAAAGGACGGAGCUUGGACUGGCUAAAGAAUCUCUAACUCCUUGUCCUCGCCGCCUGCGUUGUUCCUCCUGUUCAUAUCUGCCUGCAAUCGUCUGACAAUAAAGAUUCUAUUUAAUUCUA